AUGUUUGUAGGAUUUAAUCAUAAUCAUCACAAUAUACUUCUCACGCAAGCUUUAUUACCAGAUGAAAGCAUGAAAUCUCAUAUUUGGAUGUUUAAAGAGAUAUUAAAAGUAACUGAUAAGCAGCCAGCUGUCAUAAUAACUAAUGCAGAUUCUGCAGUAGAUUCCACAGUUUGCCAAGUAUUUGUUCAAAACUAUCUAAUUCAUUGUGUUUUCCACAUGACACAAAAUAUUAACAAGCACCUAAAAAAUUCACUUGCAAGUAAUUAUGAAAAUUUUAUUGAAGCUUUUUAUAUAUGUAAAAACAGUCUUACAAAAGAAACUUUUGAAAGAAGGUUUGAAGGUCUUCGUCAAAAUUUUCCUGAGACUAGUUUUUAUCUUAAAGUAUUAUAUCGCAACAAGGCCUAUUGGGCCUACUGUUUUAUACAUUUUAAAUUUACUAGCAAUAUGAUAUCAUCUUCCUGCAUAGAAUUAGUGAAUGGGCUUUGUAGUGACAAUCAAGAAAUAAAAAUACCUGAUGCAUCAGUAGCAGACAUACAACAAAUACUGCUAAAAGAACUUAUUCAUUUAGUAGAAGGAUUGAACAAUGUAAUUGAAGGUAUUAUUUGUAAGCAUUAUUUUCGAAUAAUGCUUACAAAUGACAAUGCCAAAUUUCAUAUUUGGCUAAUUCCUUCUUGUUGGUACUAUAAUAAUACUAACAUGUCUAAAGAACCUUUUUUAAAAGCAAAUAAAUUUUAUGAGAAAAUAUUAACAGAAGAAACUGCUUUUCCUAUCUCUUAUCUAUGUGCAUUUAAUCAGGAUAACCAAGAUUUUCUUGAAAAGA